CUGAAUUACCCAAAUUAGCUAGUUCGAUUCGCAGCAAUGAAGAAGAAAUUACAAAACUGGAAAACAAGAUUAUAAAUGCAGUUACAGAAACCGGCAACCGUACCUUUGCGAACUUUGUUAGCUGUUGCAGAAGAUUUUAUGAAAGCUACUCCGGAAACGAAUUAUUCAACUCUGCACUAUCCAAACUUGAAAAGAACCCUGAACAAUAUGGUCCUCACAGAGAGGAGUAUUUCUUUCAAGAAUGUAUCAAGGGAGAGGCUGAUGCUUACGCAGCUAAGUUGCGAGCAGAACAAGCAUUCGACUGUGAAGAUUAUAGACCAACAGGAAACCGUCACGAUCUAACAAAUUUGAAGCAUAAAAUAAGAGAUUUUUAUGAGAACAAAAGGAAGUAUGGUCAAGCCAUCAUGUUCAAGACCAUUUAUGAAGCCGCCGUCGAGAGGUUGAAACAAGCUGGAGUAGAAAACUAUAGGAGAAUGCGAAUAUCCUACCCACGCUGGCAUGGUGAACGUGUAUUCUGCACAUUCUUGGUGUGCAAUGGAUUUCAUGAAAACUUAAUGAAAUAA